AAACGCUAUUAUAGUAUUGUAUUUGCCUGUAUAUUUAGCCAUGGUUAUACUUUUUUCAAAUAAGAACGCAUCAGGCGGGGGACUAAUAUAGGUCGAAACUCGCGCACGUCCUCUUAUAAUUACUAAUUUUGUGGUUGGAGUGGGUGGUUCCGCCUCUGAUAACGAUGCUUGAUCUUAUGCGUUCUCAUUUGCCAAAAAGGAUAGUACCUAGUUUAGUUCCAACCAGUUACGUUUAUUUGCAAUAAGUAGGUAUUUUUUUUUUAUUUAUUAUUACAAUUCAUUUAUGUUCAAAACAUUAUCAUUAUUACCAAGGGCAGUUUUUAAAAAUUUGAAUUCUGGUAAAUAAUUAUUUUGUAUAUUUGUAACUGAAGUGUGUUUUUUAAAUCACAUACACUGUAUAUAUUUUUUUCUAGUACACAGAUAUUCAACUACAAUGCAUAGUAUCAUCAUAACUAAAGAAUUUUAUUAUUUUAAAGUAAUUAUUCUACCAGCACUAACUGACAAUUAUAUGUACUUAAUAAUUGAUAAAAAGUCAAAAGAAGCAGCAAUUGUUGACCCUGUAGAGCCUAAUGUUGUAUGGGAUGCAGUUCGCAAAGAAAAUGUAAAAUUAACAACUGUUCUAACUACACACCAUCACUGGUAUUUAAUAAUAAUUUAUAGAUAAUUUAAUUGUCCAAUUAAAAAAACAUGUUCUAAUAUUUAUUACUCUUUUAUUUGCAUUAUUCUUUGCUCUCAAUAUUUAAACAUUAUUUAUGCAUUUAAUUAUUAUAAUAAUAUUUUUAAGGUAAUCCUCUGUAAAUUUAUUUAUAAAAUAAUGUAUAAAUCAAAAUUUGGCAUUUAUUAAACUACAUUUUUAUCAAUUUCUAGUUUUAAAAAAAAGUACAAUGAAUCUAAUUUACAUUUGAGACUACCUUUUAAAUAAAUAGUUACUACUUAUUAAUUUAUUAUACUAUUUAUUACUCAUAUUUUAUUUGAAAAUAUUAUUAGGGAUCAUGCAGGUGGUAACAAAGAACUACUUAAUAGCAAUACUGGUGGUGAAUUGACUGUUAUUGGAGGUGAUGAUCGUAUCGAUGGUUUAACUAAAAUGAUUACACCACAUGAAACCGAUUACAAAUUAGGGUCACUAUGUAUUAAAUGUAUUCGAACUCCGUGUCACACCACUGGCCACGUUUGUUAUUAUAUUAAAAAAGAUAAUGACAUGGCGUGUUUUACAGGUAACGAUUACAUAAAAUUAAUUUUUAUUUUACAAUCCAAAAUAAACUUAUAUUUUCCUUUAAUGUUACCAGUUAUAAGUCCUGUAUAUUUAUAUUUUGAUUCUGUACAUACUUUUAUAUUAUUUUAAGUGUUAACAAUAUACCUUAAUAAUAUAAUACUAAAAACAUAUUAUUUCAGAAUCAAAAUUUGUAUUUUAUUACAGGUGAUACAUUAUUCUUUGGAGGAUGUGGUCGAUUUUUUGAGGGUAAUGCUAAACAAAUGUAUGACGCAUUAAUCAACGUAAUAUCAGAAUUUCCCGAUGGCACAGUAAAGGAAUUAUUUAAUAUUAAUUUAAAAUGUGCCUAUACUAGUUCUAAAUUAUAUUUAUUUCAGUCAGUGUUUUGUGGACAUGAAUAUGCUGUUCAGAAUUUAAAAUUUGGUUUGUUUGUUGAACCUUCCAACCAAAAUAUAUUGUCUGCAUUGAACAACACUGAAUUCAAACGACAAAUAAAGAAACCAAGUGUUCCGUCAACUGUUGGUAAAACAUAGUAGUUCAUAGUGCCUAUUUAUGAUGUUACAUAACAAUUUGUUUUAACUAUAGGUUUGGAAAAACUCAUUAAUCCAUUCAUGAGAGUUAAAAAGAAGGAGGUACAAAUCUUUACACAGACCAUUGGUGAUCCAAUUGAAACAAUGCGAGUUUUAAGAGAAAUGAAAAACAAUUUUUAAAAAUAAUUCUCAUUUUAUUAUAAUACAUUUUUUACAUGUGUGCACACGUUUUUCAUUAGUAAUUAAUAUAUUAUAGAUAUUAUACACACAAUAUACAAUUGACAUGUAUUUCUUAUUGUGAAUUUGAUAAAUUAGAUGGCUGUACUGCAUUAAUAGAUUUAUUAAAUGAGUAUUCUUCCAUAUCCGCAGCAUAUUUUUCCUUAGAUUUUUCAUACAUAUCAUAAUAAAUCUAAAAACAAAUUGAUAAUUAUUUAAUUAUAUUACCAACAAAUAUAUUUUAAUGAUAAUUUUAUUUUAGGUUCAGAACUUAUAGCACUAAAACUAAAAGUUGGAUAAUAGAAUUGAAAAUGUAAGAUGAAACUAGUUAACAAUUAUAGUGGAGGGACCAGAAUAUUUUCAUUGACUUGCAUAAUCAAAAAGUAAGAAAUCCGCAAAAAGAAAGCAUUACAAAAUAAAAAAACUAACAAAUUAUAUAUUUGAAUUCUUUAUAACGUGGCAUAAAUAUUCACAGAACUCAGCUAGAUUUAAUGGCACAUUAAAAAAAAAUAAGCAAAUGCUAUAAGUCUAAAACCCUGUUUAUGAUAGCAAUCAAUUAAAUAACCAGGUCAUAAACAUGAUAUGGUACAAAAAAUAUUCUUAUGGUAACAUACGAAUGAAAGCGCAUUUUAAAAAUGUAUAUAAUUUUGUGCCAAAGUAUUUAUAAUGUGAAU